UGUUGGUGCGAAUUCGAGUCUCAAGCUCGAACCGAAUUCCAGCGUCAAACCCAUCAUUAUGGCCAGGGCUUUAUUUCCCGAAGAGCAGAGCUCCAUCGAUUACAAGGUUGUGGAAACUGACUUUCGAAGGCGCAAGCAUCUAGUUCGCUUCGUUCUUUUCGCGGUACUCGUUGUCGUGCUAGUCGUUGCUCUGGCGGUAUCCGUCGCGAGGAGUAGGGAGACUGGCGUCCAUGAAGAUGAUCUCGACCCCGUCAGCAGCAUCGCUCCUCUUACGGAAGAAGUUCGGCUGCGCCCGGACCUCGGAGAGAACUACACGAAUGCUGAAAAUACUGAGAAGUGGACGUCCUAUCUCCGUUUCGAAGAACCAGCCCCGCUCCCGCCUAUGCUCCUCACGACAGAUUCGCAGAAAAUCGAGUUUUCGCUCCCAUCCUACAAGAACUCGACUCUAUGCAUAGAAGUGCAUCCUCACAAGUACUGUCUGCUGCUACUAUAUAGAAAUCAACCGUUAGGAAUGGGUCUCUCGGAGAGGGCCGAGCCGCCGCGAUUCGGAAGAUUGGAAAAGAAUCUGCGAGCAUCGAGUGCUCUGUACGACUUGGAUGCAGGAUUUGUCUAUGAGUACUGCAGGGAUCUCCCAGUCGUACCAAUGAUGCAGCAGUGAAGCGAGUGAUGUUCAAUGCUUUGUCUUGCUCAAGACUCUUCGACAGAAAUUCGGUCAGCCGCUCAUCGGCGAUUUCGUGGGCAUAGGUAUGGGUAAGCCGACAGGCUCGUUGUCACUUUCGAAAAAGACGAAGUAAGUGGAAGAUCUCAACCUUUUCUCCCGGGGCGGCCGGGAAGGAAAAUGAUUUAUCGACACAUAUUUAUCUGUUUAUCAAUCUGACGUCGCCUGAGAGACCUCGCGAGUACACCUGAGCCCCGUUGGAGGUGGACAGUGUGAAGAAUAAGCGAAAGAAUGGGUCCCCCGAACGGGGCUUGGGCGAUCGUGCCGCAGAUCAGGAGUUUCAUGUUCGCGGAUUGUCGUUGGCGGAAACGGAGCA